AUGCUGCCAGCUAACACAUGGUCCACGCCUCUGGCCCGGCAGCUGCAGGUUCAGCAGGUUCGUCACAUAUCGAAGAGAAGGGUAGCGUACCCAUUCUACCCAUUCCGCAAGCUGGGUAAACAGCAUCCCAAAAAACAUGAUACCAAUCUCAAAUUUGCCAUGCGUCAGUUCCUGGGUCCAAAGAACUUCAAGGGUGAAUAUGUCUACAACAAAUACUACUAUCUACCUCAAGACCAUACACCCAAUUACAUAACUCCUGAAAUUGAACGAGGCCAGGCUCUUCGCGACCCGGUUACCGGUGAAGGUCUAGCGCUCCAGACAGACGGCUCACUGGCUCCAGCUCGCGGGCGCACGCGGGAGAAUGCGAUAUCCGAGAGUCGUAGGUUACAGCCAUUUCCCAGCAACAAGCAUUGCAAAACCAACCGCAUUUUGAGCGAGGAGCUCAAGCUGGCGAUCCAUGACGACAUUCAGAACAAGCAUCUCUCGACUCAGGAAGUGUCACAAAAAUAUGGACUAAAAAUCCCCAGAAUCGAGGCUGUAGUGAAACUGGUCAGUAUUGAACAGAACUGGGAGAAACACAAUCGCAUGACUCCGGAAUUACAGAGCAUGUCCAGCAGCAUGUACAAAAUGUUCCCACUAUUUGAACCAAGAUUAGAGAAUGCUCAGGAAAACUUGUCAGAAAUUCCAAUCCCACCCAAGGCCUUGAGCUCGCGGUUCUUGACUAUUGCAGAGUCGGAGCCCUUCGGACCCAUUGACGCUGCCAAAGUGUUGGAGUUGGAACCUGCUGCUGAGACUCUAGAGAAGCUUUCCACCAUCGGCGAGCAUUCCUCUGGUCACAAAGAUACGUCCAAAUCCAAGAAUAAAAAGCAUGUCAUAUACGGGGAAAUGUUACGAGGUGAAAGAUCCAUGUUGAAAUUCACGAAUAAGCCAGUUGGCCAAGUUGGUGUGCGCUACGGUUCCGGCAAUCGGGACAGCAAAAAGGACCGUAAAAUCGGUUUCAAUGAGCUCGGAAAGAUGAUAUAUAUAUGA